AUUUAUGUCCAUUUGUUGUUUUUUUUAAAUUGUGAAUCUAAUUUUCAGCAACAGAUAAUGCAGCUGAUUACAAGCAAAGAUAGUUGUAUACUAGGUGAAAAAUCAGCUGAUUACAUUGGUAUUGAAGAAAUUACAUGUGACAUAGAUUUCCAAGUAUUAUCCAGUGAUAUGGGGAUCAAGGAAGUCACAUUUGAUCACAUUUUUGCAUCAGGCACUGAAUUAACAGAAGGUGCAGUAUCCAACCAAUUUACAGAAAAAGAAGGCGGAGCUUGUAUAGGAGAAGAUUUUAUCGAUAAAAAACUGAAAGAAGAAGAUGAGAGUGGUGCUGACUUUGGGAAAUUACCAUCCUAUGAGGAAUCACAAGCAUCACAAAUGGAGGCUAAUUGUAUAGGGGACAGUAUUGACUUAGAUGAUGACUCGAUGAUUGAAAUUCCAAGUACGGUAGAGAGGGGAGAGAACCCAGAGACAGCUUCUGCAAGACUAGAUGAACAUAUUGGAUGGGAUCGGAAGAUAGAGUACUUGCUUGCUUGUUGUGGUUUUGUUACCAGUUUUGAAACAAUAGUCAAAUUUCCGUAUUUGUCUCUAAAAUAUGGUGGCGGUGUUUUCUUUGUGGUUUAUUUGGUCCUGAUGUUGGUGUUUGGAUUUCCCCUUUUAUAUAUAGAAAUGAUUCUAGGACAAUAUGCUAGAGGUGGACCAAUUACAGCAUGGGGUGUUGUCCCAUUAAUGAAAGGUAUAGGAGUAUGUAUGGUGUGUGUGUCAGGAGCCAUGAGUUUUUGUUGUAACAUGACAUCAGUAUGGUCUUUGUACAUGUUUUUCAUAUCAAUUUGUUCAGAUCAGUCGUGGAAUUGCACAUAUCAAGGAUGUUCACACAAUACUAGUAUUUAUUUAGUCAAUAGUACAGAUAGUACAGACCCAUCAUUGCAGCAUUCUACAUAUUUCUAUAAUUCAGUAUUAAACAUAUCAAAUGGUAUAGAGAGUUUGGGAGAUGUUCAGUGGCGUUUACUGUUGGUGUUGAUCCUGUGUUGGACCUUAGUCUACUUUGUUAUCAUUAGAGGUCCACAGUCCAUAGGAAAGACUGUUUAUAUAUCAUUUCCAAUUCCUGUGACAUUUUUGAUAACUAUAUUAGUGAGAACGUGUUUUGAGGAGGGUGCAGUAACAGGCAUUAAAGUAUUCCUUAAUUUGAACUGGGAAGCUCUAGGUAAACUACAGAUAUGGGUUGAUGCAGGACAGUUAAUGGUUACCUCCCUUGGUAUUGGAACAGGAUGCAUUACAUUAAUGUCAGGAUACUCACACUUCCACAGUCAUUGUUUCAGAAAUGCUUUGCUAACAACACUGGCACAUUUGUUUGGUAUGGUAUUUGCUGGGUUUACACUGUUUUCAUUGGUUGGUGUGUAUAAUGAAAAGACGGGACAGAAACUUAGCGACACACUUAAUAUUACAGCAAUAGAUCUAGGUUUUGUGAUAGUACCAUCAGUAUUAUAUGGAUUUACCUCACCCAAACUAUGGAUGGGACUUAUAUUUAUAUCCUUGGCUUUAGUUGGGCUAGAUACUCAUGCAGUCCAUUUACAGAACAUUGUGUCAGCAUUACUUCAUCUCCUACCAGAAAAAUAUCGAUUCCGAUGGAAAUUUAAAUACAUAAUGGCGGGAUCUGUGUGUCUACUUAUAUCAUUGCUUAGCAUUGUAACUGUUACUGAGGCAGGUUUAUACAUUUCCUUUUACUGGUUGAACAGUGUGACAAAAUUUUCAUUGUUUUUCAUCACUCUAAGCGAAUGCAUGUUGUUAGCUUGGAUAUAUGGUGCCCAGCGGGUGUGGAAUAAUAUUGCUGACAUGACAGGCAGUACAGAUUCACCGUGGUGGAAAAUCACUUGGCAAUUUCUUACUCCAGCAGUUAUACUGGCAUUGAUUAUUCUAACCAUUAUGACAGACUCAGUGUUACAGUACAAGUUAUAUGAGUAUCCAUCUCUCACUAAAGAGUUAAGCUGGUGUAUAACAUUAAUUCCAUUGUUACCACUGUUUUAUGCUGCAGUUCUAUGCUACAGAAAUGAUUUCUCAUCAAAAUCCACCAUUUAUACCUCCAAAUUGACUCCAACUGAUUGGGGUCCAGGACCCUUAGGAAACCAGGAACCAGGGACCGAGCCUCCAGACUAUGUCAUCUGCACCCCAGACAUCUUCAGACCAGAGACUGGUCUAGCUUUACUGACUGCUAACCUGUACAUACCUAAUCUGAAAGGGCUGAUAGAUUUAGAGGAAACCCAGGGCAGUGAUGAUUCAUCUGGACCUUACCUAUCGGACAUGAUGACUGUAGACAGUGGCGACACAGAGAGUACAGACGACAGUGGCAACAGUCACCGUGGUAACUGGAGUAGUCGUCUUGACUUUGUUCUGUCUUGUCUGGGAUAUGUUGUUGGUCUAGGCAAUGUUUGGAGAUUUCCAUAUCUAGUUUACAGAAAUGGGGGAGGUGCAUUUUUUAUUCCCUAUAUAAUUAUGUUAGUGACAUGUGGAAUACCAUUAGUGUUCAUGGAAUUAGCAUUUGGACAAUAUGCCAGUUUAGGUCCAGUUACUGUAUGGAGAGCAGUUCCACUAUUUAAAGGCAUUGGUAUGGCAAUGGUUCUAUCAAGCUUUGUUGUGUCUAUCUAUUACAACAUGGUGAAUGCUUGGGCAGUUCAUUAUCUGUUUUCUUCCAUGACAGCUACACUUCCUUGGUUUAAUUGUGGAAAUGACUGGAACAAUCCAAACAGAUGUAGUAAGAACAUAUUUGAAGUUAGUAAUUGUUCAUAUUUCAACAGUUCAUAUGUAUACCAGAACCAGUUUCAAAAUCAUUCCUGUUUCCCUGUCCUUGCAAACUGUUCUCUGUACAGCCAGAAUGAGACAAAAUUAGUAACAGAUUGCAUAACAGAAUUAAGACGAGAGUUUGGUGCUGUUGUCCUAACAACAGAUCGUCAUACAAAGUUGACAACUCCAAGUGAGGAAUAUUUUUAUAACAGAGUUUUGAAUGUAUCUGGAAGUCUUAGUAAUGUUGGGGGUAUCCAGUGGGAGCUUGCAUUAUGUCUGUUACUCUGUUGGGUGGUUGUGUUUGUAUGUCUGGUUAGAGGAAUCAGAACCUCAGGAAAAAUUGCAUAUUUUGUUGUUACCUUUCCUAUGGUAAUUAUGAUGGUCCUGUUAGUACGAGCAUUAAUGAUGGAAGGUAAUAUCAAAGGAAUCAAGUUCUAUGUCACGCCCAAGUGGGAGAAGUUAAAAGAACCAAAAGUAUGGGCAGACGCUGCAGUACAGGUGUUCUUCUCAUUGUCAGCUUGUAUGGGAGGAUUAACUACACUUGCCAGUUAUAAUAAAUUUCACAAUAACAUAUAUAGUGAUGCAAUAUUGGUGUGUUUAGGAGAUACACUAGUUAGUGUGUUAGCUGGAUUCUCCAUGUUUGCAAUGCUUGGAGUACUAAGUCAUGAACUAGGUGCAGAUAUUGAAAAUGUCAUUCAAUCUGAUAUAGGACUAACAUUUAUAGUAAAUCCAGAAGCCAUGUCAUAUUUUCCUAUUUCUCCAUUAUGGUCCAUUUUAUUUUUCCUCAUGAUUGUCAUGCUGGGGAUCAGUACACAGUUUGUUAAUGUAGAAACUGUAAUCACAGCCAUCAUUGAUGAAAAUAUAACUCUCUUCAGACGAAGGAGGAUUGCUGUUUUAUUUGUUGUCUGUUCAUCAUUAUUUCUACUUGGUCUUCCUUUAACCACACAGAGUGGUUUGUACAUAUUACGUGUUAUAGAUGAAUACGUAGCAGGAUUCCCAAUCAUGGUUACUGGUAUAUUUAUGUGUAUAUCCAUUGGCUGGUUUUAUGGUGUAAAACAGUUUUCUGCCAAUAUAAAACAUAUGAUUGGUCAUCACACAGGCUACUGGUGGCAUGCCUUGUGGUGUGUCAUAACUCCAUUGAUUAUACUGUUCAUCCUGGUAUUUUCAGCAGUAGGGUAUGAGCCAUUGUCAGCUAAAUACAGUAUUGAUAUUUACCCAGUAUGGACAGAAGUUGUUGGUUUUAUAAUCCUAGCCAUUCCUGUUAUAACCAUUCCAAUCUUCUUAAUUUAUAAAUUAUGUAGAGGUCAAGGAUUAUUGUCUCAGAGAUUCCAUGUAGCAUGUCAGUCUGAGGCUAAUUGGGGUCCUGCUUUAGAGAGACAUUGGAAGAAUGUAGAAUAUUUCCCUGCUGUAAAUACCAACACAUUAGCUGUUGAUAUUGACCACUCUCCAUUACACACAGUAUCAGAUCAUGUUCAUUUUACCACAGUUGGUGUACGUGUUCCAAGCUUGUCACAAGCCAGUCUCAUUCCUAAACCACCUUUGUCCCCAAAGAAACCCAGAGAUAUGAGAGAACGAGCCAUACUCAAUCAUGCUUACACCAAUCCCCAGUUCCAUCAAUCCACUGCUUCCAUUGAUAAAUCAACAUUUACACCAGACGAUGUUUUCAUGGACACAGAUUAUUUUAUUGUCAAAAAACCAUUGUCCAUCACUGUUGAAACUAAAGAUGCCUGUACGCAAACUGAUCAAAUCAUCAAAAGUCCAAAACAGACAGAUAAAACAAAGACAUUAACUUUUCCUUCCACAAAACAGAAAUCUUCUGAAGAUGUUAAUGGUUUAAUAGAAACUAAUGAAAACAAAGAUAACGCUCCUGCUGUAUUACAUGUGAAUGUGACACAUUUCUGAUAAAGAGGAAACACUCAUGGUUCAGGAUUCAUUAUUGGAGGAUCCGACUAUAGUGGAGCCCUUAAAGUUGGAAAUCAUUAUUGGAGGAUCGUACUAAAGAGGAGCCCUCAAGGUUCGGAAAUCAUUAUUGGAGGAUGGUACUAAAGAGGAGCCCUCAAGGUUCGGAAAUCAUUAUUGAAGGAUCAUACUGAAGAAAAGCCAUCAAGGUUGGGAAAUCAUUAUUGGUGGAUUGUACUAAAGAGGAGCCCACAAGGUUUGGAAAUCAUGAUUGAAAGAUCGUGCUAAAGAGAAGCCCUCAAGGUUCGGAAAUCAUUAUUGAAGGAUCAUACUGAAGAAAAGCCAUCAAGGUUGGGAAAUCAUUAUUGGUGGAUUGUACUAAAGAGGAGCCCACAAGGUUUGGAAAUCAUGAUUGAAGGAUCUUGCUAAAGAGAAGCCCUCAAAUUUUGGAAAUCAUUAUUGGAGGAUGGUACCAAACUGGAGCGAUCAAGGUCCUGAAAUCAUUAUUUGAGUAUCAUACCAAAGAGGAGCCCGCUAGGUUCGGAAAUCAUUACAUGGAGGAUCAUAGUGAGGACUUCCUUCUAAGCAGGAUAUAUUAUUCCUAUUUGGAAAACCUCAUAAAUUUACAGCCGUGAAAGUUGACACCAAGUGAACUUCAAUACCAUGAAUUCCAGAACAGAGGAAAAGUUUUCCUGUGGUCAAUAAAAUCUAAAAACCUGAAAUGAAAGUACUUUCAUGGUGAUACACUGUAAGGAAAUGAUUGACAAGAAGUAAAAAAUCACAUGGUGAUUAGAAUUUCAUCAAGAAGUUAAAUAUCAGAUAAUAUUUAAGAAAUAAUACAUCAAAUUAUUGAAAUAAAUGAAGAAAAUUACAUAUCAUAAAUGUUGGUUAAAGAUAAAUGUACACUGAGAUACAUCAUGAAUGACUUAAGACUGGAACAUGGGAGAGAACUCUUGAGACCUUAUAAUAACAAUCCAAACAUACAUGAAUUGACAUUAAUAAACAAUUUAUAGUGUCCUUGAUCAAUAUCAAAUAGUAACAUAAAAAUAGAUCAUUUAAUAGAGAACAAUAUAUGCAAUUAGAUGCAAAUUAAACACGUUAUAUGUCAAUAUAAUCAAUUAUGAAUAGAAUGAGGAAUGAACUGGUACACACAGGAUUUUCAAAAUGGCUUUAUUUAUAUAUCUAAUGAUGUUAAUGGUGUCCACAUAGGAAUUUAAUUGAUUUUGUAUUACGUCAAACAUGAUAAAGCACUAAAAAGGUGGUAAUGAAAUUUGAAAUACAAUAGUCACAUGUAUUGGUAAUUUUUUUUGUUUAAAUUGAAGUUAACCUUCAACUGAGGAUAUCAAGAGAAGUGUUAGGUCCAUGAUGUUUUACAGCAAUAAUAUUAACAUAUAAUAGAAAAUAUCCAGUUUGUAUAAGGUUUAGUUAGUAGUAAGACUCCCAUUUCUGAGAGUAAUAGGUUGUACUUAACAACACUAGAUAACAUUUAGAGAUAGUACUGUAACUGGAAUUAAGUAAACCAGUUUUAUCCCAUGAUUGUUAUUGUCCUAAUGGCAAAUUGAGAGUAGUUUUAGUUUUCUGCACAUCAGGAUAAUAUCAUGGUAUGAAAAAACUCACGAAAGAUAUCAAGCUUAUAAUUUACUUGUAUCAAAACAGACGGAAUGAAAAAUCAAAUACACAGUUUAAAAGAUAAAAAAAAACAGAAAAUUCUAAAAGGGAUAAAGGGCCACGGUGGCUAGGUGAUCUUAGUUGUUCCUCUUAAGUGAUCAUUAGCCUAUCAGCUCUGAGGUUGUUAGUUCUAACCAUGCUCAUUGAAAGGUACUUUAGACUUCUAUCUUAAUUGACUAUGAUUGCCAGUGUUCCUGCAAAAUGUCAUAGUUCUCUUCAGAAACUGGGGAUUCCUCAAACAGUAUAAGCAGACUGUUAAACAUUACCAAGUGUGCUGAAAGUGCCAUUAAAGACCAACAAUCAAUCAUGACAUGAAAGUUUUAUUUGCAGAAAUAAACUUUAUCACAGGUUUAGAAUUAUACAACCUAAUUCAUGUAAUGCCCAAAAAAUUGGGUCUUGACAGAAGAACCAAAAGCAAUUGUCUUUAAUGCUAGGGAACUAAAGGCAAGGGGUAGAUUGACAGAUGAGAUUUUAACUUUGUGUUGUCCAUAAAGUUCUGGUCAAAGGAAUUUGUCUUGCAGUAUAUUUUAAACAUUGUUUCGUUUUUUAUGCAUCAUCAAUUUUUAAAGCUGUAUGUAUUUAAAUGAAUCAAAUCACCAUUGUAAGAUUAACAUUCUGUAUGCCCUUGAUCUGGAUCUGUAAAAAGUUUUUAUUUGUGAAAUAUCUCAUCCACAACAAGAAGGAGAAACAGUUGUACAGCCCCUUUGAUUUUUGUCAAUGUUAUCAAUUUGAUAACAUAAAAUUUGUCUUCAAUAACUUUGAAAAAAUAUUUUUCAUUGAUUGCUAGGAAUUUUUUUAUUUUUUUAAAAAAGCCAUCAAUAUAUAUAAUGAAGUUAACAUCCACAUAAAAAUGGAAGCUUCUGUGUUUUAUUGAUUUGUGUAUCAUUUGAAAUUAUAAACAUGCUAUGUGCAGUUAUAUGUAGUGGUGUAUUUCCAUGUUUGACUAUUUCGAAACAAUCUCUCUCUAGAUUAAUUGGGAUACAAAGUAAUUAAAAUAUCCUCAUCAAUCUUCAUGGCAAAGAUAUAUUGAAGGGAUACUUUACACCUUUUAUGGGUGAAAAUAUGCUUCUCCAGAUAUAAAAAAGUCAACAUUUGUGGUCACUAAGGAAUUAGAUUGUUGAGCAAACUUGUAAAGUGAUGAAAUUAUGUGACUUUUGUUGUAUAUUUUUGUGAUUUAUAAGUUUUGUAUGUAUUUGAAUAUGAGGCCCCUUUCUGUCCGCAUGCUUCAUAUACAUUUGAAAUGAUUAAAUCCUUCAAAUGUUAUGAUUUCUGAUUGUGAGUUUGUAUAAAAAAGUAUUUAUGAUAGGCUGUGCCAUCAAUCAAUACUAUGAUACUGCAAUAGCAUUUAUGCAUUUCAUUUCAGUUCAGCGUUUACUAGCUACUGUCAGCAAAGACCUUCUUCAUGACUUCUCUGUAUUGUUACAUAUAGUAUAUAAUAAGGAAAUAACCUUGAACUGUGCUUGAGAUUAAAGUUAUAUGUAGUUUAGAUUAAUAUGUAAGGAAAUAACCUUGAACUGUCCUUGAGAUUUACAUAAUAUGUCUUGUAGAUUAAUAUGUAAGGAAAUAACCUUGAACUGUCCUUGAGAUUUACAUUAUAUGAAGUGUAGAUUAAUAUGUAAGGAAAUAACCUUGAACUGUCCUUGAGAUUUACAUAAUAUGUCGUAUAGAUGCUAAGACAUGGCUACAUUGUCAUUGUAAUUAUGUAUAAUCAUUCAGUGAAUUUAUAUGAAGUAUUGACAGUUCCACCCUCUUGAAAUUCUAAAUAGAUAAAGAAUUAUGUUAACAGGGAAUACAUGUGUAAUUAUAUUUUUAUACUAAGCAAGAAUUAGUAUUGACAGACGCACCUGCUUGAAACUUUUAAAUAGAUAAAGAAUAUUGUAAAGAGAGAAGUACAUGUGUAAUUAUAUAUUUUUACUAUUUUGGAAGCAAUAAUUCUCAUCUUCAUUGUUAUAGUGUCAUUGUAUUAUACUGAUGAAUAUUCUAAAAGGAAUAAUCUUCACCAAAAUAAGGACAGUAGUUGUUUAUUGUUGGGAAAACUUUCAGAAGGACAAAAACCCCAUGUUCUAUGUCAAAGUUAAGAUAAUACUUUUUCGCUAAUACUUAUGUAGGAGGAUCAUUAAACAAGCAUGUGAGGUUACAUUUACAGGGAAUUUUUUUAUUGUUAUGCAAUAAUUAACUUAUAAAAAAGAAAAUAUUAUAACAUAGAUAGGGACCUUAGGUUUAUAUCUUAUUUAUUUAAGUCUAAGCUGAAAAUGAAACAGUGUUCCUUAUUGUCAAACAGUGAGAAAUGUCUUUUUGUAUUUUGGGAAUAAAGCAUGUGUUUUUUAAAGUCAAUUGUGAAUGCAAUAUAGCAGUAAAGGUAUUUUAGUCAACUUGAAAAUAAUAUCUGGUAAUUUGAUAUGAGCCUCAUUAAUCCAUGUUAUAUAGACCAUAAUGCAAGCAAUCGUUGGCUUUUUUUUUAAAUUUUUAAAGUGAAUAGCCCUUAUUGCUUCUACUAGAAUGAAUGAAGUUUUGUAUUUAAGCUGUAGAAGAUGUAAUACACAACAAUAUUUCCUUUUUUGAAAUGUUUCUUAAUGGGAUUUAAAUGAAAAGCGCUGGAUUGCUUGUGUUAUGAAGAACCAAACAGGACACUGUAGUUGAUCAAGAAAUAUGUCCGGAAUAGAAGCCUAAAAUUGCAAACAAUUGUACAAGUUAUAGAUAUGGUUGAUAUAAUUUGUUAUUUUAAAUUUUUUAAUUGUUGAAAUUGUUUAUUGUUAAUGUAAUCAAGGCCAACGUCUGUGAUUGAAUAAAGUUUUGAUACCA